GUGUUGGUUGUGCAUGUCGUGAACAGCCAACCGUUCGGCAGCUUUGGUCGAUCGUCGAUCAUCACUCUGCUAUAUUCAAGGCCUUGAACGAUUUUGUUGUUCCGCCGUACUGAAUGUCUUACGGCUCUCCAUUUAACGUCCAUAGAUAUUGCAACAAUCGUGGACAAUUUGAUGAAUACCGACGACACCAACUCCCCUGCUUCCACCGACAGUGAUGCUGUCAAUUGCUCAACUGCGAGAGUCUACUUCGGUCCAGUGCAAUCACCAGAGAAGAGACUCAUCGCUAGCGAGGUCACGCGAAGACGUGGGCUGAGUAUUGGCACCGUCGACUCUCUCCUUCGUCCAUCGGGACUACCUGCUCUCCAUGCCCUUCCAUCGCCACAGGAAAUCACGCGCGCACAGGACGAAAGUGUCGAACGAAGUGACGAAGAUGCAGAUGAGAUCUCUGAUGUGGCUGCUCAUCUAUCUCGUGAAGACACGCCUGAGAAUGAUACCUUGGGCCAGAACGAACCAUCCUCCGUUCUUGCAAGUCGAAUUAUGCGGGCUUGCGAUAAUCCUUCCCCUCCUCCGCGGGCCCACCCCACCCUUUACUUUGGUCUUAUGAUGAGGGAUGGACACACACCAUUCCCAGAUAUAUCUGCACCCCCUAGCCCGUUUCGCCCCAUAAAUUUGCGUGAGAGACUGAGCCAGUUCUCCCCGACAGAACGUGCUUUGUCACAAGAACCACCGCAGCAUCAAGUUUCCUAUAAUCAGAAUUCGCCUCCACAGGAUUCUGCUGGUAACAUUUCUCAGCCCGAUCUCAUCUCAUUUGAAUCUUGCUCCGCACUAGUCAAGACUGCGGAAUCUUCUACAGAACGACGUCCCUGUGGUUCUCCAAUUCAAACUUUAUCGUCCAGCGUGGAUGAUCUCCUCUCGCAAUCCCCAGAGCAUCCUUCUGUCAUACCUUGCCCUCGUGUAGACGGCGUAGAACGGUCUAAUUCCUCGGAUAGCCUAAAUAAGCUUCCUCAGGGAUGCCCACCGGCUGACAUGGAAUCUAGACCACCACGCUCCAGCUCUCCUUCGCCGUUAGUCGCCACCUCCAGCGCACCGGAUGUCACUGAGGAACAUGCAAGAUUACCCGUGCGGCGAUCAGCACGCCUUAGUGGGACUCCACGCCCCAACCAAACCACUCAUACACAGCAACCUCCGGAAACGCCGAAACUCAAAGGAAAAUCGAAGGCGGCAACAACCGCGCCCGAGGGGAACGUUCCCCUGAUGCGGGAUGAGCAAACUGUUGAUCAUGAUCCAUACCCUGAUAUUCAAGGAUUGGUAGAAGAUAAAGAGAGACGACGAUCACGAAGACGGGCAUUAAACGGGAAAUAUGACACCCCCAAUUUCCAAAGGGAAUUAGGGUCCCUUUCUCCUCAGUCCGCGGAUGUUUUAACGCGUUUAUUGCCGUCCGAGCGAUCUACACCACUCCCAGAGGGACAGUAUUCGCUACCACAACGUGAAAUUUCUUUGGUAUCUUUGGACCCUCCAUUGUUGACACCACAGAGGCCAAAAUCAGAUUCUCAGCAACCAAAUUAUCCCCUGGCCACUGUACAGCGGCCAUUGGUUGUCGCUCCAACACCUAUUCGUCCGAAUGGAAAUCUACUCGGUUCUUCCUCUCAUCUUAAGUUUUCCUUGACCGUCGACGAUGCCUCUCGCACACCAGCGAGAAGGGUGCCCAUUCAAGGUGCCUUCGUACAGGGCUCUGCAUCCUCACAAAACACCAUGCUAUUGUCUGCGAAACGUGACGCAUCGACACGGUUGGUGGGCAUGCGUGGACCCGUCUUUUCGCGCCCUGCGUUGGACGACCCAUCUCGUAGCCCCGCUAAGCGUAUUCUAAUCACAGAUUUCAACAGUCCUGUGUGCUCUCCAACUCGACCAGCAGGUGCGAGGGCCCGAAGUGCCUCAGCGGAACCGAAACCCAUUGUCUCUCAACCUCUCCGAAGUCAUUCUGUAGAUCCCUUACCCCGCGUCGCUGAUAACAAAGGCAAAGAGCCUACCUUCCCUAAUUUUUCUUCCAAGCCGAGAUCUGGCGCCAGACUGCCGUUCCCUCUAGUGACUGGGCAGAAAACAGGGACAGAUUUCCCGCAAUCUAUCCCUGAAGAGGCAGAAGGAUGUGAGGCUGUCGAAGAAGAUUCGAUCGCUAAUCAGGCCACGUCGUCGUCCAGUCCUGUGAAGUUUAGUUUGAAACAACCCUCUAUUGGUAGUCGCAUACCAAGAAUUGGCGCCAAGCCUUAUGCUAGACCACAACCAAAGAAACCGGUUUCAUCUACAACUGCAAAGUUACCUGCCUUUGGUACUGGACCGCGUGUCCCACUUUUCAAAUCAACUCCCGCUGGCAAUGGCAGUAGCAGCUCCGAAGAGUCAUCUGUCGCUCCACCUCCAAAUCGAAAAUUCGACGGGAAAUCUGUAGCAGAGCCAUCAGUGCUCUCGACCCUGAAGCGAAAGCGUGGCAUAGAAGAGACUACUACAUCUUCCCCCACUCAUCCUGUGAUGGUCCGCCAGAUUGUGCCCGGAAUGCUUGGUAGCAAGUAUGCCCCCAAAGCAGCACCUGGUCUCCCACUAACGGCUCCCUCUAUACCAGAGCCGAGUCCUCGGAAGCCGCCUGGUCCUAUAAAGUUCCGCAAAGUCGAGCCCGGAGUCAUAUCAGCGCGUUAUGCAGCGCCCACCAAACCGACUGCAUCUGAUUCUCCAGCCGCCGAUGACCACAACAGCAGCCCGCAGAUUUUGAUCGUAUCUGAGGCACCAGUCAGCCAAUCAUCUUCACCUCCUAAUUCAACCUCCCUGUCUGCUCUACCAGAACCUGAACCUGCGAAGCCAUUGCAUGAUGCUGUUGAGCCCAAAGAAACGGUGGAAGCAUCUGCACAACAGCCACCAGCAAACCGAGGUCGGGGCCGUCGAACGUCUCGACGCAAGCCUGCAGCGCAGCAUGCCAGCGACGUUUUUGGUUCGUCCACUUCAACGCAACCUCUCCAGCUUCGACGUUCACGGCGCUCUGAGGGCGAGGGCUUCAUGGGGAUGAGCGCAGUUGCCCUCCAAGCCCUCACCACUUCCAACACUACAAAGAACCAGGAAAUUUUUGCAAAGCUGGAAAGGGAAGUAGUUCGCAAGGAGGGCACCAGGCCAGAGAGCCCUGCAAUCAAGGUUCGGACGAUAUCGCAAAAACAGAGAGAUAUGAGGGAUCGGCAAAGACUUGAACGAGCUGAGCGGAGGGCGAAGCGGGGUGAAGAUGGGCCCGGAUUGAGUGAUUGUGAAGGUGCUAGCGAACUGGAUGAUCAAUCCAUCCUUGGAUUUGAUAAAGAACAUGAUGAAAAUGAUGGGAUGGUCUGGACUAAGCAUCGUAGGGGACCAGGAGAAGUGGAGGAUUAUGAGACGCCAGUUAGGCCUGAUCGGCCGGUCAAACGUUUGCGGUUUGGGGAAGGCCCUCAGCAGGAAGGGGAAAGAGAAAGCAAACGGGUGAAGUGGCAUCAGGGGUUAUCCACGGAAAUUUAUUUGGAUGAGGUUCAUCCUCGACCUCACUCGUGGACUAAGGACUUUGUCGUAGAGAAAAGCUGCUUAGCCCCGACAUCCAAGAAUCUUCGCUUAGACACUCUGGGCAACGUGGUGGAUGUCGAGCAGCAUCCACUCACUGACCUUCACCCAGAGAACAUCGUGGUAAAGAAGUUUGUGUAUGACAACGACGCUGAGGUGGUGGUGAAAGAGGUUAUACCCCCAAAAAUCACCAGAUCGAAGAGUAAGAAAUCGAAAAGUUAGCUAGGCUGCAUUAUUCUAUUCACUCUCUAAUGCGCAUUUGUCGAUGCUGUCGAUGCUGUAUCCUU